AAAAGAAAAACAGUUAAUACUGUUUAAUUGUUUUAGUUAAAUAAUAUUUUAUUCCUGCCAUCUUUUAUUUCCUGCAAUGGCAUGUCUACAACAAGUGAGAAGUUCACAGGACACUCAGCUGUUGCCGAAUCAGGUUCUGUCCGAGCAGCAGUCCUUGAUGGUAAUAAAGAAGCUUCUGGCCAUAGCAGUGUCCGGCAUCACGUACCUCCGGGGUCUUUUCCCAGAGAAAGCCUACGGGAGCAAAUAUGUUGAAGAUCAAAAAGUGAUGAUCCUAAAAGAGGAGCGCAACUGUCCUGGUGCAAGUCAGAUUGUUCAGUGGAUGCAGGGCUGCUUUGAGGCCAUCCAGAAGAAAUAUCUGCGGACAGUUAUUAUGUCUAUCUACACUGACGCAGAGAGUCCCCAGAAAGUGACUGAGUUUUACCAGUUCAGGAUCCAGUACACUGCAGAAGGAGCGCAGAUGGACAUAGAGAGAGUCAGCAAAAACGACAAGAAGGUGUCGAUGUCAUGCGGAAACACCAAGAAGGCCAGCGUCUUGUUGGUGAGGAAGCUCUACACUCUGAUGCAGAACCUGGGUCCUCUGCCAGACAACGUCUGCCUCAACAUGAAGCUGGCUUACUAUGACGAUGUCACUCCUCAGGACUACCAACCGCCAGGCUUCAAGGAGGCCGACAGCAACACCAUAAUAUUUGAGAGGGAGCCGGUGAAGCUCAACAUGGGCGAGGUGGUUACUCCCUUCCACACUCUGAAGCUGGACAUGGCCACAGAGAGACAGAGACUGGAGCAGGUGGAGGAGAGCGUUAACAUGACGGAGAAGUGGGUUCUGCAUAUGGAGGAGGGCGACCUGUCACAGAGUCAUGUGAUUGAAGACGUGGAGAAGCCUGACAACGAGAGCACGGACCUGGACAACACCGAGAUCCAGUUGAGCUGUCAAGAGAAGAUCGAGAGUUGUGAGGAAGUCACAGAGAUGGACACUCUGGUGAAGAGGACCUCCGACAUGGAGGUGGGACUGAAGAGGACCAGGAGUGGACGGAUCAUCGGGUCCACUACGGAGACAAACAUAACUGUGAACAACAAGAAACCGAGAACUAUGAAAGACAAAACGGUCUCGCAGUAUGACAUCCCCAACAGCCAGGAAACUCCGUCCUCCCCCUCGGCGCCGAAGAAGAAACGCAAAUUCAGCGAGCCCAAAGAGCGCUUCUGACCUCACACCUCAACGCUGCUGCCGCUGCAUCGAUUUCCACUGAUGUUUUUAAAAAAUCUCUUUUUUAAAAAGGGAAUUCACCUCCUUUUAGCACGAAUUCUGCGGGGGUGAUAUAACUGUUUGUUUGAAUGCAGAUCUAAAAUGUGAACUCACAUGUUUGAAGUUAGAAAACCGUUAAAUGUAUUUGUUUUAAGUAUUUAAGUUGAUUAUGUUUGUUUUAUUGUUGCCAUUCUGAGUUACCUGUUUACAAAAAAAGGAUUUCAUACUUGAAUAUAAUAAAAAAGAAAUACACCCAG